UUUUCUAAAGGGAGAGCUUCUAUAAAAAGAGGACUGAGCAGACGUCUCACAUAGGAGCGGUAUAGUGAACACCAGCUAAGUUCACCAUUGUGUCUCUUUUUGCGCUGUUUCUGGAUCUGUAACCCCAAAAUGGCAGCCUCAACGAAAGGCCUCUCUGUUCUAUUCCUUGUGCUGUUGGUCCUUGCCCAUUCCCAUGUCCAAGCUAGAGAGAGCAAAUUCUUCAGCAAGGUCACUCACUCCACCAAUGUGGCAACCAGCGAUCACGUCGAAGAGAAGAAGCUGGCCCAGAUCGAGAUCCCUGCGGCUGCUCCGGAGUAUAGCCUCACGCCUGGCCCUGCCCCGGCUUAUGUUGAGAAGGAGUACGGUUACGGCCUGUACGGCCACGACUCCGACAUGCUCCCACCGGCUAGAGAGACGUUCACUCCUGUGACCACCGUCGCCGCCACCACCACCACCACCAAUGUCAACGAAAAGCAAGCCACCGCCACUCCGGCCACUGCCACCGCCAAUAAGGACAACAACCUUGAGGACCAGUUCGUGCGCGAAGAGCUCAGCGGCGAAAGCUUCCAGACAGGCUACACGAACAACAACUACAACUACGACAACAACAAUGGCUACUCCAACAAUGACAACUACAACAACAACAAUGGCUUCUCCAACAACUACAACUACAAUGGCUACGCAAACACCAGGGAAACCAAUGGAUACGCCAACAACUACAACACCAACGCCUUCACGAGCACGUACAGCACCACCGACCAGUCCGAGAAUUACAACACAAAUGGAUACUCCGGCAACGCCAACAGCAAUGGCUAUGGGACAGAGAGACAAGGGAUGAGUGACACCAGGUACGUGGAGAAUGGCAAGUACUCCUACAAUGUGAAGAGCGACAACAGUUAUCUCAAUGGGUAUGAGCCAGAAAAGGCAGCUACCGGGAAGCAAGGGAUGAGUGACACCAGGUACUUGGAGAAUGGCAAGUACUCCUACAAUGUGAAGAGCGACAACAGUUAUCUCAAUGGGUAUGAGCCAGAAAAGGCAGCUACUGGGAACUAUGUCAACUACGACGAGAACAGUUCGAACUCGAACGAGUUCGAUACCAUGGAAGAGUACUACAAGAAGCAGGGGUACCAAGAGAGCCAAGAGGUGAACGAGCCUUGAGAGCAGCGAUCGGUCCGUGAGCGAUUGAGAGAGAGAGCUCUGGACAUGGAUUGCAGAGUAGGAGAUUAAGCUAAAUUAAGAAAGAGAGGAUGUGUGUUCGUUGUGUUGAUGUUUCCAAAGUUGUUUUUUUUUUUCCUCUUGGGCACUUUUUAUUGAUUUGCAUAUGGAAGAAUGAUACGAGUUGCUUGCAACAAUUGAUGUUCUUAAGAGUAUUGAAUGCUUUAAAAAGAGCAGAACUUAUGGAAAUGCUUUCAUCUUGAUAGCAA